AUGGUUCAAUUAGAAUGUAGCCAUGCUACUGUUCAACCAAGUCUAAAGUCAGUGAGCCAUCGUCCUAAACUAUUUGGAGAUGCUGCCUUAUCAUUUGCUUAUCAUUUCUUCAAUUUUUCUACAAAGUCAUCAUACGAAAAUCCGCAGAAGUCAGAUCUACGGUAUGUUUUACAAACUAAUCGAGUCUUCCACACUAGCUUACUACUUUAGCUUAGAAUUACCUUCAUAGAAACUUCCUACAACGAAAAAUACAGUCAUAUUGACUUAAAAUGAUGUUACUUAUCCCGCUUUCAGAUUCGUAAGUGUGAACAAAAGAACGGCCAAAUGGCAGGCCGCUGGUAUGGAUGGAAUGGAAGCUCACAUAAUCAAAAAUGUGAUUAGAUUUGUCCACAAUGGAAACCUGAUAUUAUCCUUGGACUUGAUCAUGGCCAGAAGACUCAACGCUCUCCCAAUAUUACCGCACAAGCUCACGGUAAAAGAUGUCAACACUAUCGAAGAUUGUGAUGAAAUCUCAUUUCAGUUUGGCGGUAAGUUUUGUAUUAUCAAUGAGCAUUUCUAAUAAUCUUUAAAAAAAUCAACACAAAAACACUAAAUCUAACUUUUAUGUUCAGAAUGUGUCACCGAUCUCACCAUAUACCCAAAUAUAAACGACAAUUUGAGUAUUCAAUUGAUAAACAACUUCCAAAGACUUCGCAACUUGACCUGCAGUCUUCAUCUCCUAACUCACCAAGACUGUGAUCAGCUGUACCUGUCAACAUUAAACAUCAAGAAGAUAAACGAUCUGCAUGGACUGUUCAACACAAAGAAUCAUAACAUCAAAACAAUCCAUAUACAGAAUCCAAUCACAUUAUCCACGCUCAGCCGACCUCAGGCGAUUGACCUUGUCAACCCUUUAAUUUUAGAAGUCUAUGUCCCAAAGAAUCUGAUUCUCAACAAUUACGAUCUCGCUUCUUAUCUAUACACAUCCUUUCCUUCCAUCAAAUUGCUGAAAGUCAAUGUAAUGGAAUACCAAGUAAGACUUUACAACUAUAGGCAACCUUCACAUAUAAUCCUCCUAUUACAUAAGAAACCGUUGUGCUACUUUUUGCAAACUUAUAAUAUCAUUUCAGACAAACUACUUGCUCACCCAGAAUGAAAGUACGGCAGAGUUGUUACUAGCCGCACCUUUAUUACAACAGUUUAAAGACCUUGGAGUCUUCGUUCAGAUGACUUAUAACCGACACGUUGAUGUAAGUUAUACUUACUAUAACAAUUACCGAUGUGACAACAGAUAACACCGCAGUAAUAACAAACUAACUCAUUCGUUUUCAGCUAAAUAAACGUAACCUUAUUUGCUACAAGACAGCAAUAUUGUCCAGCCUCUACAACGACGAGUCUAUAGAUGUUAAGGCAAUAGACCUUCAAUCUAGCUGUCAGUUGUAUCAAUUAGAACACAGCUACUCCAGAUCAUCUGUAAUAUGCAACCUUUACUUUCAAGGAGAAUCUUGCUGUGGCCAACACUCAAAGUUCCUCUACUGA